GUUAUGCGAAGACGUCACCGAGAGCUGUUCUACGCCGUGGUGCUGAAGAGAAAAACUCUCCUCGCCUUUCCUCGCCCGCCUCAGUCUCGCUUCCUCCGCCGCCCGCCGCUGUUCUAGGCUUUUAACCGUUGGCGGGUUGCUGGAAGGCGGAAUCCCCUCAGGCUCACCCACCGCGGCUGCGCCGGAGCUCAGCGAGCAGCGGGAGACAUGUUGGACUCGUGCUGAAGAAAGAGUGAUGUCAGAAAUCUUCCUGCUGAGGUCAGAGUCGCUCCAUCAUCACGGCGAAGGCUUCCAUCAUGGCUACUUCUGGCCCAAAGACCGGACCAAGUGAACACACCAAGCAUCCAAAGCAUGUAUUGUAGUUCUUACCUUAGGCUAGGGUCUUGGUUUUCCCCUCCAUGUUUUUGGUUGUCACUUGUGUAGCGAGGUCUGUUGUGAGUCCAUGACAAAAAGGUGACGGAGGCGUAGAAAAAGCACCGCAGCGACAUGGUCCUCCACAUCACCCCUUAUUCCACAUCCUGUCUCUGCUUCCUGGACGGCUUGUCAUGGAGCCUGGUGUUCCCCAGCUACUGGUUCCUGGAUCAGCUCCUGGCCUCCUGCGUGGCGACUUCGCUGGAGAAACGCCAGCGCUCCCGGGACCCGUGCUCGCUCCUGACUCUCUGCGUGUUGUUCAUGGCGCCGCUCUACUUGCUCCUCCUACUCACCUCGCUGCCUUUCGCUCUGCUGGGCUUCAUCAUCUGGGCACCUCUGCAGGCAAUCCGCAAGCCCUACCUGUACACCUGUAGCAGACCAGAUACACACCAGACUGAGCAGGGCGAGACUGAGUCAGGGUUUGUUGGGGCGAAAGAGUGGAGACCUCAGGGCAAGAGCUUCUGUUUCUGCAGUGCCAAUGUCUGCCUGCUGCCUGACUCCCUGGCCAGAUUCAACAACCUGUCCAACACCCACAGGAGAGCACGGGAAGUGGGGAAAAGGAUCCGCAACGGUGCUUGUCGGCCUCAGAUUAAAAUCUACAUCGAUUCACCCACCAACACUUCUAUCAGUGCCACAUCUUUCAGCAGUCUGGCCACAGGAUUUCGUCGUACAUCCUCCGUGGACCAGCGACCGGACCAUACAAACACCAUUAAUGGUCCAUCAGAAACUGAAACUGAGCCUCUCACUGAGUGUCCGAUUCACCCCUCGGGUGCAACAGGCUGCCCAUUCCAUCCCUCUGUCGGAGUGCAGGGAUCCUCUGACUGUCCCCUUCACCAAGAUGCUGAAGAGACCAAAGUGGAUUGCCCCCUCCAUCCUUUGGAAACUAACAACACCUCAGACUGUCCUUUACAUUCUUUGGCCGAUACCCCAGACUGUCCUUUGCAUUGUUUGAAUAAUGGUCCAGACUGUCCUAUUCAUCCUGUGGCUGAUGCCCCAAGCUGUCCUUUGCAUUCUGUGGCUGAUGCUCCAGACUGUCCUAUGCAUUCUGUGGCCGAUGCCCCGAGCUGUCCUUUGCAUUCUGUGGACGAUGCCCCGGGCUGUCCUUUGCAUUCUGGGGCCGAUGCCCCUGGUUGUCCUUUGCAUUCUUUGGCUGAUGCCCCAGGUUGUCCUUUGCAUUCUGUGGCCGAUGCCCCAGGCUGUCCUUUACAUUCUGUGGCCGAUGCUCCAGCCGGUCCUAUGCACUGCGCAGGAGCUCAGAGUGGUCUCAGCAAUCAUGGCUGCUCAAUGCAUGGGAAAGAGAAAAAAACGAAAACCGUCGCUAACUGCCCACUUCACACAUCAGGGGUUCAGAUCAGCAUCAGCGCCCCAGAGCCAGAACCCCAAGAGGAGAUGACAGAAACAGGUAACCAUCAGUCAAGGGAGCCUGCAGGCAGCGACGUGGGCAGCAUGACCGCCUCAAAAGAAUCUCUUGCUCGAUACCAUGGAGGCGAUGGUGGAGGAGUGAUCUCCUCGAACAACACACUCUCUCAUGUGCCUCGCACUUCAAUAUUUAAGCGCCCCGGUAGGAAGCGUCGCCACGGAGAUGAGACGUUCGACCAUGAGAUUUCUGCCUUCUUCCCUGCCAACUUGGAUUUCCUUGCCCUGCAGGAAGUUUUUGACCAUGGUUCGACAACUCGGCUUCGGCAACAGUUGCAUCGAUACUUCCCCUAUGUGCUGAGUGAUGUCGGGCGGUACGGCUGGAAAGGUUGCGGUUCCAGUUUCAAAUUCCUGAACAGUGGCCUGAUGCUGGCAAGUCGAUACCCAAUCCUGGAUGCACGCUAUGAGUGCUACCCAAACGGAAGAGGAGAGGAUGCACUAGCAGCCAAAGGAGCACUUUUUGCCAAGGUCCAUGUGGGAACAUUCCAUCAAGAGCAGAGGAUUGUGGGAUACCUGACAUGCACACACCUCCACGCCAUAGAAGGUGACGCAGCUGUGAGAUGUGAGCAGCUGGAUUGGUUGCUCCGAUGGGGAGAGGAGUUUCGCCAAGCUCCGCCGCAACUCGCGGAAGGACAGAAAGCGCUAGAAGACCUCGUGGCCUUUGACGUCCUUCUGGGAGACCUCAACUUUGACAAUUGCUCUUCAGAGGACAAGCUGGAACAGCAGCAUGCAGUUUUUACUUUAUACAAGGACCCGUGUCGCCAAGGACCAGGAGAGGACAAACCUUGGGCUCUGGGUACACUGCUGGACCCCAGUGGCCUUUAUGACGAUGACGUCAGUUCACCGGAAAAUUUACAAAAAGUGAUGGAGAAUGAGGAGGGCAGGAAGGAGUACCUGGUGUUUCCUCCCAGUAAGAACCAGUGUCACCCCAGCAACCAGAAAGGACGGAAGAUUCCACUGAAAGGAAACGGACGGCGGAUUGAUUACAUCAUGUACAGCGAUGAGGGUCUGCAGCAGGACUGGAAACUGGAAGUUGAGGAGGUGAGCUUCAUCACACAGUUGGCGGGCCUGACGGAUCACAUGCCUGUAGCCAUGCGAUUGGCUGUCGCCACAGGGGAGGAGGAGUCUUAAAGCGCCAGCAUGCUGUCAAAGUGCUGCCAUCGGAGGAUGAGAAGUUGUUGAGGACAAGAGAAGGCUGAGAGGGACGAUGUUUCGUGAGUAGCCUGAAGGGACACGAUUGGGCGGAUGGAAGGAAAAGCCAUGUGACUCAAUAGGGUUCCAAAAUCAGAGCGGCGAUCCUAUCUCUGAUGAAACACAUCCAGCUUGCACGCCAACGCGAGCCAUUGCCAUGUUUGUUAGCGCUAUGCUACACUUCCUGUUGCCAUUGUUUACACGUUUAUACUGCAUCUCUUUUACCCGCACAAACCCUCAGCGACUGUGCAUAAACACAGGAAAAACGACCACACCCGGUCCACCAAACCAGACGCUUCACUCUUCUGCCUGUUUGUUACGCAGAAAUGUAUUUCCUGCUGCACCGACGAUAAAAACGUUAAAAGCAAAACGUAUUCUGGGGGGAUUGUUUUACUCGUACUAUAGUGAUUCCAACCCUUUCCUGUUACGAUAUUUCAUGUAACAACGUUUCCUGUUAUGACGUUUCCUGUCACAGCAUUUAACGUAAUGGGACGUUUCUCGUUACGACAUUUCGUGUUUCAUAUAAAGACGAUACCUGUUA